AUGCGAGCUGCAUUUAUCCUUUCCUUCCUCCUGGCUAGCGCUACCGCCUUGCCAACAGCAUCGACCGAAAAGAGAGCCGUCGCCGCGCAAGACGUCAAUCUACUAGAAACCCGAGACCUUCUCAAUCGUAAUGAUCUUGAGAAUGGUGAUUCCUCAAAUUGUCCCACAGCUAUUUUGGUCUAUGCACGUGGUAGCACAGAGCCUGGUAAUCUUGGGAUCACGGUUGGGCCAAUACUCGUAGAAGCCAUGCAGCUUGCUAUCCCUGAUAUUUGGAUACAAGGUGUUGGUGGGCCAUACACGGCUGAUCUUGCGCCGAACUUCCUUCCUGAGGGGACCACAGAUGCCUCCAUCGAUGAAGCUAAAAGACUUUUCCAAAUGGCCUACGACAAGUGCCCAGAUACGCCCGUCGUGACGGCUGGAUAUAGUCAAGGAACAGUUGUCGUAGGAUAUGCACUCAGCGAACUCGAAGGCGCGGUCCAGAAUCAAGUUGUUGGAGCCGCCUUGUUUGGAUAUACCAAGAACGAGCAGCUCGGGGGCCGUAUCCCGGACUAUCCUACAGACAGAACUAAGAUUUUCUGUCUACCUACUGAUCUAGUUUGUGAUGGGACGUUAUUUAUACUGCCUGCCCAUUUUCUGUAUGGCGCUGAUGCGGCGGUUCCAGGUCCAGAAUUUCUGGUUGGACAGAUUCAGAAGUAG